UCCAGCGUGUGUUAAAGGGGCGGAAGUUAGUGAGACAGUUUCUGGAGUUUCUAAACUCGUUUUCUUUCUCUUCCUCACACACAGUUUGACUCCACAUCGGCUUCACAGCACACCACAGGCUGUGUAUUGGACUUUGGCUUUACAGUGACCCGUCCACCAUGAGCUACAGCGUGUCCUUGAUCGGACCUUCCCCAUGGGGCUUCAGACUUCAGGGUGGCAAGGACUUCAGCAUGCCUCUCACCAUCUCCAAACUGACAGAUGGAGGAAAGGCAGCUAAAGCCAAGAUCAGCGUUGGGGACGUCGUUCUGUCUAUCGAUGGCAUCGCCACAGAGGGAAUGACCCACCUGGAAGCCCAGAACAAAAUCAAAGCUUGUACGGGGAACCUAAACCUCUCACUGCUGAGAUCUUCCAGUGUCACUAAAAGGGAGACCCCAAAGGAGGAACCACUGGAGAUCAUAAAGCCUGUGCCCAUCAGCCAAACGCCUGCAGCCGCCACCAGUCUCGCCCCGGGCAGCAACGCGUACAAUAAAACUGCACGGCCCUUCGGCGGGGCCCCUAGUACGGUUCGCUCCAUCAGCCCGUCCCUGACACCCGUCGCACCCAAAGCCUCGAUCCCCUCCGCAUCUUCUGCAUUCACUCCAGCGGCUCCUUCCCAGCCGCCGCCGCCUCCUCAACCACCCUUCCCACUCGGUGGCUCCGCCCACCGGUCAUCUAGCUCCGCCCCUAAACCCGCCCCCUUUGCAAACUCGUCAUCCACUUCCUCUGGCUCCGCCCACCGCUCAUCUAGCUCCACCCCUAAUCCCGCCUCUGGCCGCUCCCCCUUCGCCAGCUCGUCCUCCACUUCCUCCUCUGGCUCCUCCUCCCCGGCGAGAGUGACAGCUCCUCCCCCUCCGGCCCCCGUCGUCCCUCAACCCUCCGUCUAUAACACGCCCAUCAACCUCUACUCCAAUGUGAAUGCGUGCGAGGUGGCCAUGGGCCAAAGACGUGGCCUGAUGGAGAGUAAAGGCACUGGGGAACAUCAUAACGGAACGGCCCGUAAGCCCGUGUCGGAGCCGGAGCUGAACCACGUGUCUCCGCCCAGUGACUCCAGUAAGAAGCGUCUGAUGGAGGACACCGAGGACUGGCACCCGCGCACCGGCACGUCCCAGUCGCGCUCCUUCAGGAUCCUGGCACAGAUCACCGGCACAGAGAACGAUCAAGCUCAGGAGAACCGGCCUGGAAAGAACGAGGCCGUAGAGGAGGUUCAGUCCAGCUCUCAUGCCACGUCUUCAGUCAAGACUAUGAGCAAAGGUCCCGCGGGAGCUCCUCGACAGGGCAACGGUGUCCCUCCGCCCGCUGCCAAGAGCUGGCAGUCUGCGCACACCACAGGGCUUCCUAAAGCAGGUGCACCUGCGCCUCAGACGGGACGGGUCAGCAAAGGCCCCGUGAAGGGACCGGAUCGACCCAAACCUCAAGCUCAUCCCAGCGACCAGGACGAUUCGCUGGUGCAGAGAGCCGAACACAUCCCAGCGGGAACACGGACACCCAUGUGCGCUCACUGCAACAUGGUCAUCAGGGGUCCGUUCCUGGUGGCCAUGGGCAAAUCGUGGCACAAUGAGGAGUUCAGCUGUUCCCACUGCCACCGCUCGCUGGCAGACGUGGGCUUCGUGGAGGAGCGCGGGUCCGUUUACUGCGAGCGCUGUUACGAGCAGUUUCUGGCCCCGUCCUGCUCACGCUGCCAGCAGAAGGUGCUCGGGGAGGUCAUCAACGCCCUGAAGCAGACCUGGCAUGUGCAGUGCUUUCUGUGUGCCUCCUGCCAGCAGCCGAUCCGCAACAACACCUUCCACAUGGAGGACGGGCAGCCGUACUGCGAGACUGAUUACUACACCCUCUUCGGCACCGGCUGUCACGGAUGCGACUUUCCCAUCGAAGCCGGUGACAAGUUCCUGGAUGCGCUGGGGUUCACCUGGCACGACACCUGCUUCGUGUGUGCGGUGUGCAGCACGAGUCUAGAGGGUCAGACCUUCUUCUCCAAGAAAGACAAGCCCUUAUGCAAGAAACACGCUCACACGGUCCAGUUCUGAGCGCUCGUGCUGAACGCUGGAGUGAAGUCAAGGCUGAACGUCAUCUUUUACAAGCACCAGAUUUAUUUUAGUAUGUGAAUGUAUUUGCUAAGAGAUAUAUUUGCCUUGAUUUUCCUCA